UGGCACGCGUCGCACCAGUGAUCGACGCAUGCACGCACGAGCCGCGGUUCCGCGGGGCGAGAAGCUCCCCACUUGUCGUUGGACCCUUGGUGAUUACAUCGUCGACUUUACAUUUCAAAGCAGAUAGACACAAACUUCUUUCGUUAAUUUGAGCAGUACAUCUCGUUUUCUCUCGAGCGACACGGUGAGAUGAACACAACACGGACGUUACGGCCAGCCAUCAGGCUCGCGCAACGCGCUUCGCGACCGGUACCGCGACCUUCCGCAACACUCCCACAACGCCACUUCUCGCAAUCACAACCACACCGACAACUAGGUCCGCCAUUGAACAUACCAAAAUGGGUCUCCGAAAACGCCCACAUGCUCAAACCGCCGAUAAACAACUACUGCGUCUACAAUGACGCCGUCACCGUAAUGAUAGUCGGCGGCCCCAACGAACGAACCGACUACCACAUCAACGAAACCGCAGAAUGGUUCUACCAACACAAAGGCGCCAUGCUGCUCAAAGUCGUCGACACCACCCAACCACCAGGCCAGCAAUUCAAAGACAUACACAUCAACGAGGGUGACAUGUUCUUGCUUCCGCCAAACACGCCGCAUAACCCCGUGCGCUUCAAGGAUACUGUGGGCGUGGUGUUGGAGCAGAAGAGGCCGGAGGGCAGUUUGGAUCGCCUGAGGUGGUAUUGUCAGAAUUGUGGGGAUAAGGUGUAUGAGGCGGCAUUUCAUUGUACGGAUCUGGGGACGCAGAUUAAGGAUGCAGUGAAUGCUUUCAAGGCGGAUACGGAGAAGAGGACAUGUAAGAGUUGUGGGACGGUUUGCGAUACUGCGCCGCAGCCCAAGAAGGCUUGAAUAGGAUGAAAAUGGGAUGUAUGAUAUGUAUUGUAUGUACAGUGGUUGCAAUGGAGAAGGAAGCAGGGUUCAAAGUCCUUUCCACAUGAUCUUGGAAAUAUGGUCUGUCUUCUUUCGACUUGGUUUGACCAGGCCGAGGUAUCGUAGCUCGGCUAGUGCUCGCUGGAAUAGCGCCCUGUGACGAAUUAGUAUACUAUAGCUGUGGUGUGCAUGUACAGACUUACAUGGUGUUGGG